AUGACUUCUCGGGAUCAGCUGGUGCAGCAGGUGCUGCGGGAUCUGCAGGAGGCAGUGGAGUCCGAGGGCCUGCAAAGUCUCACCAGUGCUGCAGUGGAGGCCAAGCAGGUCCUAUCUUCCUUCACCCUCCCCAUCUGCCAGAAGGGUGGCCCUGGGCCCCAGGUGCUGGAGGUGGACUCUGUGGCCCUGAGCCUGUACCCAGAGGAUGCUCCUCAGAACAUGCUGCCCCUGGUGUGCAAGGGUGAGGGUAGCCUGCUAUUUGAGGCAGCCAGCAUGUUGUUGUGGGGGCACGCCGGUCUCAGCUUGGAGCUGCGGGCCCGCACUGUGGUGGAGAUGCUGUUGCACAGGCACUAUUAUCUCCAGGGCAUGAUCGACUCCAAGGUGAUGCUGCAGGCUGUGCGCUACUCCCUGUGCUCCGAGGAGUCCCCCGAGAUGACCAACCUGUCUUCUGCCACGCUGGAAGCCAUCUUUGAUGCAGAUGUCAAGGCUACGUGCUUCCCUACCAGCUUCUCCAACGUGUGGCACUUGUAUGCCCUGGCCUCCAUCCUUCAGCGCAAUAUCUACUCCAUCUACCCCAUGCGCAAUGUCAAGAUCCGGCCCUAUUUUAACCGUGUUAUCAGGCCUCGCCGCUGCACCCAUGCGACCUCCAUGUUGCACAUCAUGUGGGCUGGCCAGCCCCUCGCUGACCACCUCUUCCGCCACCAGUAUUUUGCCCCCGUGGUUGGGUUGGAAGAGGUGGAGGCUGAUGGUCCUGCUACCCUGAACCCCAUUUCUCCGGUCCUGGGUUCUCUGCGACCACCCGCCGAAACCCUGGAGCUGCUCAACCGGGAACCUGGCCUCAGCUACUCCCACCUCUGUGACCGCUCCGGCAUCACCAAGAGCACCUUCUACCGCUGGCGGCGGCAGACCCAGGAGCACCGGCAGAAGGUGGCCACCCGCUUCUCUGCCAAGCACUUCCUGCAGGACAGCUUCUACCGUGGGGGGCUUGUGCCGUUGCAACAGUUCCUGCAGCGAUUCCCCGAGAUCUCCCGUUCUACCUACUAUGCCUGGAAGCAUGAGCUGCUGGGCUCUGGUGCUGAUUCAGCCUCGGUCCCGGCUGCUCCGCCCAGGGAGGCACUGGCUGGGCCAGAGCUGGAGAGCCUGCCUGGGAAGAAGGCUGCUGAGGGACUGGGGUGCUCCUCCCUGGCAGCGGCGGUGUCAAGCCCCAGUGUGAUCUUUAUGCAGCGCGCCAAGUCGUACCUGGAGCAUUGCAUCUCUCUGAACAAACUGGUACCCUAUCGCUGCUUCAAAUGCAGGUUCCCUGGCAUCUCGAGGUCCACCUACUACAACUGGAGGCGGAAGGCCCUCAGGAGGAGUCCCAGUUUCAAGCUGGCCCCAGCCCCGGCAACCACUGAGUCUCUACCCCCAACAGAUGUUGGGGACAGGGCCCUGCUCUCUUUGAAGGAUGAGGUGGGAGAAGAGGGGACAGGAAAAGCGGUAGUAGGCGAGGCCCCCCCCGUUUCCCAGGGGCUCGUUUCCACAAGGAUGCCCCUGUCUCGUUGGCAGAGGCGACUGCGCAGGGCUGCCCGGAAGCAGGUGCUAAGUGGGCACCUGCCUUUCUGUCGCUUCCGCCUCCGCUACCCUAGCCUGUCACCCUCCACUUUUUGGGUAUGGAAAAGUCGUUCCCGGGGAUGGGCCAGGGUGCAGGCCUCCUCUUUGGGCCGAAGGGGGCAGGAGCCAGAUGAAGGGCAGGAGAUGGAAGCUGUUAAGAAGGUAACAUCUGUGGUGGCUCCUCAGGCGGAGACGCUGCCAGGGGUUGCUUCUUCAGAAAACACUCCAGCAGAUGCCCAGGGAGGGCCCUCUAGAGAAGGGGUCAUUCAGGAGACACCUGUGACCCAGGGCCAACCCCACAGUGGAUUCCUGUCAAGCCAGACUGUGGCAGCAGCCACAGGUGGCAGGGAUGGCCAGGUGCUGGUGAUGGACAUGCUUACCACCACAAGGUUCAAGGCCCAAGCCAAGCUGUUCCUCCAGAAGCGCUUCCAAUCCAAGACUUUCCCCUCCUACAAGGAGUUCCAAGCUCUCUUCCCCCUCACUGCCCGCUCCACCUACUACAUGUGGAAGCGGGCGCUCUUUGAAGGCCUCACGCUGGUUGAUGGCUGA